AUGUCCACUUCCUCUAAAAAGGGUCUCAUAUUGGGAAUCGAUGACAUCCAUAUUGGAAGCAAUGACAAUGAAACGUGCAGUGAUUAUAUCCUAAUCCAAGACUCAGACUCUAAGGAUGAAACCAAAUGGUGUAGAAAUAAUAAGACCGACAUUUCUGGGAAAGAGUUUCCCGGACAAUCCCAUAUAGACAUUGGAUUUCAUGCGGGAAAGGCUAGCAAUUCAAGCUUCACAUUAAUUGUAACUGAAUUCGAAGCGCCGAGUUUGGGAUAUUGUUUCUCAAACAAGAAUCUGAAAUGUAGUUCGAAAGCAGGAAAACAAUGUGUUUCAAAGGCAUACCAAUGCGAUGGAUACAGAAACUGUCCCGAAGGUGACGAUGAAAAUGGUUGCCCUUCAGGACCGACCACUACUACCACUACUAUCACUACUACCACACCAUCAAAUCACACGACGACGCCGACCACACACUCUACGACAUCCCAUACAACACAACCAACUACUCCUCCGACAACUCCCAAACCUGAGCCCAAAGGCCUGGGCGGUGGCUUUAUAGCGCUGAUAGUGAUUGGCGUAUUAAUCGCGGCCGCAAUUGUCGUCUUUGUUAUCUUUAAAUGUCUUAAGAGAAGACGAGAAAAUAACGGAUACUCUGCUGUAAAUAGUGAUUAAAUAACUCUUAUGAGUCUAAAACUUUCUUUUAAUUGAUCACAUAAUUUAAUAUUUAAAAAGUAGAUUCAAAUAAUGUUAUCUAAUAUUAUUUUAA